AUGACCACAAUUGCCAAACAAGAUAAGAUUAUUAUGAAAAAAUCUGGAGCUUAUCACUCUGUUCUUGACAAAGAUAUUGUCCAAACAGCUGGUAAUUUCCCAUUAAUGCAAUUUAAAACUAAAGUUAAAGUUAAUCCUAAAUUUUUAUUAAAAGGAGAUGACAUGGAUAUUGUUGAUGAAGCAAUAACUUAUUACAAAGCAAAUGUUUUCUAUAAGAAUUUUGAUAUGUCAACUUGUGAAGCAGAUAAGUUGUUAGUUUAUUUGAUUUUCUAUAUUCAAUCACUUUUAUUACAAUUUAAUGGACAUACUAAAGUUGAAUGUGAAAAAAUGGCAUACUCUUUGGCUAUUGAAAAUUUUGCACUUCCAGGUGAUGGAAAAUUCUGUCUUGGUGGUAUUGUUGAGCCAUUAAAAGCAACAGAGAAAGAAGUUGUUAGACAAUAUAUGACAGCUAUUAGAAACGAAACUGGAUUAAGAUUAGCUCAAGUUGUUUUUAAGAAUGACCCAAAGAAAUGUGAUAAGUGGUGGAUGUGUUUCAAUAAGAGAAAGUUCUUAAAUAAAACCAUUUAA